UUUCAAAGUUGUGAAUAUAUAUGUGUAUAAUGACUGCCUAGUUCAUUGUGGUGAUUAGUUAAAAGGAAAUGUAGUGGUUGUGAAGAAUCUGCCAAGUACUGCUGUCCUCGUUGCUCUGUAUACUCCUGUUCUCUGGCAUGUGUUAAGAAGCACAAGAAAGAAGAAAGCUGUGAUGGUACUAGAGAUAAAACUGCCUACUGUAAACUUCAAGAUUUCAAUGACAUGACUCUUUUAAAUGAUUAUCGUUUCUUGGAAGACUCAGCUUCUGCUAUAGACAAUGCUGCUCGAGACAAACUCAAACGAGCUGGUGGCCUUAGAAACAAUCUUCCAAAUUGGCUUUACAGACUUAAGGUAGAGGCAAAAUUACGAGGGACAACUUUGAAUAUAUUCCCUGCUUGUUUCACAAAAAGAAAAGAAAAUUCAACAUGGUACUCGCACAAGGAUCGAACCAUUUAUUGGACUGUUUCAUGGGUUUUUCCACAAGCUAAUAUCAGUUACAAUGAUAAAAAAAUAUCAGAGAAUGUUCCUUUAAGUUCAGCUCUGGCCAAAUAUAUUUCACCAAAACACUCCAAUGUUGAAGUACAACAACAACUGAUGUUUUACCAAGCAGCUGGCAUGAAAGCUGUAAAAGUUUUACUGCAAGCUGAAUUUGUAUCUUCCAGAAAAACAAGGUACUAUGAAUUGGACGUAUCUGAGUCUCUGAAAGAGAAUCUUCGUGGAAAGACUAUUGUAGAAUACCCUGUCCUCUAUGUUGUUCUCAGUAACCAUGCCUCAGGUUAUUCUGUUAUUGAUCCAGACAAUGGCAGCAAAUCAGAAACAGAAAGUAGUGAAGAAUCGGAGAGUGACAGUGAAGAUUCGGAGAGUGACAGUGAAGAUACGGAGAGUGAUAAAAAAGAUAUGGUGAGCGAUAAAAAAGAUGCGGAGAGUGAUAACAAAGAUAUGGAGAGUGAUAAAAAAGAUACGGUGAGCGAUAAAAAAGAUACGGUGAGAGAUAAAAAAGAUACGGUGAGCGAUAACAAAGAUACGGAGAGCGAUAACAAAGAUGCGGAGAGCGAUAACAAAGAUGCGGAGAGCGAUAACAAAGACGCGGAGAGCGAUAACAAAGAUGCGGUAAGCGCGAACAAAGACACGGAGAGUGAUAACAAAGACGCGGAGAGUGAUAACAAAGAUGCGGAGAGUGAUAAAAAAGAUACAGAGAGUGAUAACAAAGAUGCGGUAAGCGAUAACAAAGAUGCGGUAAGCGAUAACAAAAACGCGGAGAAUGAUGAUAAAGAUGCGGAGAGUGAUGAUAAAGAUGCGGAGAGCGAUAAAAAAGAUGCGGAGAGCGAUAACAAAGCUGCGGAGAGCGAUAACAAAGCUGCGGAGAGCGAUAACAAAGAUGCAGAGAGCGAUAACAAAGAUGCAGAGAGCGAUAACAAAGAUUCAGAGAGUGAUAACAACGAUUCAGAGAGUGAUAACAAAGAUGCGGAGAGUGAUAAAAAAGAUGCGGAGAGUGAUAACAAAGAUAUGGUGAGUCAGAGUUCAUCGAAACCCGUAGCAGAAGUAAACAAAGAUGAAGUAAUGUAAUGAAAGGUUUCUGUAUUUUUUUAUUUUUCACGAGAUAUAGCUUCUAUGAAGUAGG